GGACAGACCGUUGUGGAAUACAAGGCUCUCACAACAACUGGGUGGAACAUGCAUCUUUGGAAUGUCCUAAUCAUCGGCUGCAAUACCUUCGGCUGUCUGCUUGGCUCAUCGAGCUUUUCUUCUUGCUCAUAAAUGCUUGCAUCAAGAUCUCGAUCGAGCUUCUCUACCACAAAAUAUCAUCAUGCAGCCACAGCAUAUGAUUCAUUCGACUCACCCGGACGACAAUCACAUUUACCGUCGCCCAUACUGUUGCCCUAGUCUUGGAGCUGAUUUCCAUCUGUCGACCUCAAGUUCGUAUUAACAGUCUUACAAUCCUGAAUUUAUCGGUGAGUAUAUGUGCGGCAACGACAUGUUGCCAUCGUCUUUAGUGCUACAGCUUCUGUCUUCUCCGGCAUCUACGCAUCAGUUCUGCCAAUGCAGUCGGUUCGGGGUCUUAAUUUAACGAGUAACUAGAGGUUUGUCUUGUGUGCCCUGUAUUCUGCAGGGCUGAUGACGGUUGGGAUUGAGAUUACACGGAUGAUGUUCCUUUUCAAAAUGACCACCAACUAUCUGCUGGGCCAGAUAGUCCUGACGUGACUUGGCACGGGUGGCCC